GUUGACGAACGCAAUGGUUUAGUGGACGCUCGACUAGUUGUGCUACAGUUUCGGGCAGUACUACCUUUCGGAACUGAAAAGCAAGAUGCAGAGCGUUACGAGAUGGAAGUGGUCAAUUACAUUCAGAGGAAUUUUACGUCGGAUGUAGUCAACGCUGUUGCAAUGACACCAACAUUUAUAACGGCGGAAAUUGUGCGUUCCGGACUCACGCUGCUACCAUUUACCGCUAUCGGCUUCAUGAUCAUGUGCAUAUUUUCAACAAUAAUCGUAGCGAUAGCGGCUUGCGUUUCUCCACUGCUUGCAUGCGGAACAGCUCUGGGCUUUUUGUUAUGGUGUGGUAUGCGAUUUGGCUCGAUCCUCUGCGUCACGCCGUUUUUGGUGCUAGCCAUUGGCGUUGAUGAUGCUUUUCUGAUGAUGAAUUCAUGGCAAAGAAUAUGUCUACGCGCUCGGUAA